CGACGGGUGGCAGAAUGAGCGCACCGAGCGGCCGAAGCAACAUGAGCGGGUUCUCGUCAAGGAUGGACGGCCCGCUCAAGCACUCCGACCUGGUCCCUCCCACGAAGAAGCGCCGUCUGAGUCCAGAUCACACCGUCAUGCGGCGGCAGUCGAUCCACGACCUCGUGGCAAUGACCGUGGUGCCGCAGAUCGAACACAUCAAGGACCCUCGAUCUCGAGGUCUGCUCUUUCUCGUCCGGAACAGUGGUGAAACCCGACGGGACUUUACACUGCGCAACCUCGAGCAGUCCAACGCAGGGCACCUUGUGGACAUGUUCAUGGUGUUCCUGAGUCUCUUCUGGGUCGCCGUGUACAUAUACGUGAAUAAAGACGUGGCCAAUCCAAAGCUACCCACCGAAGUUCAACUCCUCAGCCACACGUUGGGCGUGGUCUUUCUCCUCGAUUACAUGGUCCGCCUAUAUGCAUCUCCACUGCGCAUGAGUCACUUCUGGAGCUUCUUUCCCCUUGUGGACUUUAUCUCCCUCGUGCCGAUGGUGAUUGAGAUCGUCGUGGGCAAUGACAUGCUUACGCACAUCAGCAAGCAAACGGACUCGCUGCGUCAAAUCGCAUCCAUGCUCCAAGCCGCGAAAACUAUCCGCAUCCUCAGGGCGUACCGCGCUCUCAAGUUCAUCAAGAGCACUGUGAACCGACAAAUGACCGCCACGGCGCUUACCGUCGUGUGCAUCAUCAUCGCCAUGGCUGGGAUCCUUCAGAUUCUCGACCAGUGCUCCCCCGCGUGCGACUCGUUCAUGUUUUGCUCGUACAAUUUCACCGCGUACGAUUGCCCGCGCAACGAUAUGUGCUUCCACGCCGACGUCGCCCACAAUUGUUGUAAGUGUCAGGAACUGUCAUUCUUCGACUGGACGUACUUUGUCGUGGUGUCCAUUUCGACGUUGGGGUACGGUGACAUUUCGCCCCGCGGCCGACUCGCGCGGCUGGCCACGUCCACGAUGAUGCUCAUGACGUUUGUGCUCGUGCCGAUCCAAGUGAACCGCCUCGUCGCGACCAUCUCGACUCAUUCAGGGUACACGUCCUCGUACAAGGAGCAUCGAACGCAUACCCACGGCAUCAUCACGGCCGGCGGCGACAUUUCGGCGGGGACGCUGGCCAAUUUUUUGCGCCAGUUUUUCCAUCCGGAUAACCCCAACUGGAAUGAAAAGAUUGUGAUUUUGCAUCCCACGGCGCCGUCGAACGAUGUCCAGCGCGUGAUUCAUCUGUACGAGCCGCGCGUGCAGUACAUCGUCGGGUCGGCGAUGAACGACCUUGACUUGGAUCGUGCCAUGAUCUCCAAGGCCGCCGUGUGUUAUGUGCUUGUGAACAAGGACACGACCCGUCCAAGCAACGAAGACCAGAGCUGCACACUGCUCACGGCGGCGUUCCGAGGCAUGAAUGCCAACGUGCCUGUGUACAGCCAAGUAUUUAUGAGCCAAAACAUCAGCCACUGCGUCUUGUCGGGGGCCACCGGCGUCAUCUGCGUCGAGAAGCUCAAGCUCGGCGUGCUGGGCCUCAACUGCACCGUGUGGGGGCUGUCCACGCUGCUGUCCAACCUCCUCGACACCGUGUCUCCUUCCGUGACCCAGCUGUACCCGAAGGACUCUUGGGAAACGUCGUAUCUAAAAGGGUAUCUCCACGAGAUCCACCGCGUGGACAUUCCUCGGUCGUUUUCAGGGUUGACGUAUCGAGAAUUGAUUUUGUUUCUGUUUGGCACGAUCCAAGUCGUUCCCAUCGCGAUGCUCACGGACACGGGCGUGACGUUUGCCCCGAUGGACUUUAAGCUGGGGGCGACGGCGGACCCGACCAUCUGCUGCACACUGUACAUCCUCGCGUCCAAUGUGUCUGUGGCCGAUCAAAUCGCAGAGUACCCCCUCGAACAAAUCCGCAUGUUCCGCCAAACGUUGCGCAAGCAGGAGCGCUACGUCGCCGAGAAAAUCCAAGAAGCGUUUGAAAUCGCCGCCGUGACCGCCGCCGCGGCGGUCGCUCCUUCCCCCACGACUCGAAUGCUCGAUGCCGCAGGUCCUGCAAUUACUCCCAACGCGCUCAAGUCGUCGUCGAAUCUGCCCGUGCUUCAAGAUGAUGACGACGCCAAGCAGCCGACCGACGCCGCGGUCUUGUCCGCCCUCGUCAAGGGUCUCCACGGCGCCAAGCACGUGUUCGGCCAAGCGUCGCCGUUCAAAGAGUUUCUGGCCAAGGUAUUGCCGGACGACCUGAACGACCACGUGGUGAUUGUGGGGCUUCCGGCGUCGUUGGGGGACAUCAUCGUGCCGCUGCGGCAGUUCAACGCGCGCAACCAGACGGGGCGGCUGCAGGUGAUCGUGUUCAUCGCGCCGUUCGUCAUGUCGGAGCACCACUUUCACAGCCUGGGCGACAGCACGGCCGUGUUCUUUGUGCAGGGGUCGCCGCUGAGUUCAUUCGACCUUCACCGCAUCCACAUUGACACGGCCGCAGCCAUCAUCAUCCUCGCCGGCUCCGGCUCCAAGCGGAAGUACCUCGAUGAAAACAUGGUCGACGCCGACGCCAUCACGACCGUGCGGUACAUCAACGAGGCGUGCUCAGCGUCCAAGCCGCCCAACCUGAUUGUGGAGCUGGUCAAAGCCACCAACGUCAAGUUUAUGAGCUCCAUCGUCAAACGACGCACCAAUCAGAACCGACGCCGACACAGCGACGGCCGCCAUACGCGCAUGUUUGGCCCCGUGGUCUCGCUCAAAGGCAUCGGCGGCGCGGACGUGUCCAAACCUGGACGGAACUCUGAAGAAGUCGGCAUCAGCUUGUCGAACAAGGACGACAGCGACGGCAAAAUCGACGUCGAGCACAUUUGCGAACUGUCGUAUGCGUCGGGUCGCGUGUACGUGAGUGGGAUGAUCGAUUCGCUCAUGAGCGAGUGCUACCAAAAGCCCAACAUCAUUCCCGCGGUCAACUUGCUCAUGUUUGGCAGCCCCGCCGACACCGACACGCAACGGUUGUUCCAAGUGAAAACGCCCAAGUCAUUGCAUGGCAAAACGUUUGGCGAGUGUUUUCGCAAAGUGCUGGCGCUGAACUUGAUUUGCAUUGGGUGUUUGCACUCGGGCACAGACAAGACGCCUCCGUACGUCCACACAAACCCGCCCGCGGACAUGGUGAUCGUCCACACGGAUUACAUUUACGUGAUUGGCAAGCCGUGUGCCGAGCUCCCGAUUUAGCUCUCUUGGGUUGUUAGAACCACAACCGAAUAUUAUUUAUUCACAACGUGGCUUCGUCCAGGGUCGUCGAUCGAUGGGGCACAAUCACGCAAAUGUAGUGGACGUAGCAAAGGCGGUCCAUGUACGUGUCAAACGCCGCUUGGAGAUGGAAGUGGUGGAUGGACAUUUCUACGUGGAACACACUCGCGCGCACCAUGCCAUGCAAACACAGAAACAAACUGCCCAAGUGCAACACACCCGCCAAGAUGCUGUACGAACUACACCACCAUGAGAUUCAUAUCACAACAUCAAAGACAUGUACCAGUCGAGCAUGGUCAUGGCGCAAGACAUGGGAUUGAACGUGGCUUGGUGGGGCUGCUGCUUGGUGCUACCAUAUAUACUGUAUAUAUAUGGAAGGAUGGAACUACUACCUCCAUCGACGGUUGCAGCAGGAUUGCAUGAGACUGUACCGGAACGAAGCAUGCACCACCGUGUGUACGACCAGAACGACCGCCAUCAUGCACAUGACCGACAUCUACCACCAUCGACGGAUAUAUACCACAAGAUUCCGUGGGACGAACGAACCGCAAAACACGCGCG